CGGGCUUGUCGAUGGACUGACGGGAACUUGGUACACUAAAUUUGAUACUUUUACACCGGCCGCGGAGAAUGGGCUACCUGUAACCCGUGUCAUCAGUAGAAUGAAGCUUCAAGAGAUCUUAGCUCGAGCUUCAAGAGAUCUUGAGGGAACACCGUCAUACAAAGUUUGAUCUUUUGGAAUAGCAAGCCUCUUUUAUUUCUUUGGGAGUGUGAACUUUAGAUAUAGAUCUUCUCCACUGCUCGCCCGCAUUCAUGGCGAGUGAUGCGAUCAAGGAUCUCGCUCUCGUCGCGCGAUCCUCGCCACGAUGCCUUCCAUUCUUUUGUAGAGGCCCUCCAGGCCUGCUCCACCUCCAAGAACGUGGAGGAGCUAGAAAGGGUCCGGGAAUCCAUUCGCCGCAGCGAAUUUCGCGACAACACGCUGCUGGGGAACCAGAUCCUGAGGGCGUAUAGCAGGUGUGGGCGAUUGAAAGAUGCGCGCUGUGUGUUUGAUUCGCUGGCUCGCCCGGACAUGCACUCUUGGAACUCGCUAGUUGCAGCAUAUGCCCAAAAUGGGCAUCUUGAUCAUGCCAAGAACGUGUUCUUCCAGAUGCCGCGCAGGGAUCUGGUGUCGUGGAACACCAUCAUACAAAUCUUUUUGCAAGACAGGAAGAUUUAUUACGCAGUGAAAGUUUUGGAUCUGAUGCCCCAGCAAAGCGUUUGCUCGUGGAACACGCUCAUAUCCGGGUAUGCCCAGCUCGGGCAUCACCACCUUGCAAAGCAUCUGUUUGAUUCCAUGCCGGAGCGGGACCGGCUUUCCUGGUACGCGCUCCUGGUGGCCAUUUCCAACACAGGUAACAUAAAUCCAGCUCAGGAAAUCUUCUCAAAGUUUCCAAUGCAGGAGAAGUUCUCGUGGAAUGUGAUGCUUGCAGCACUGGCCAAGACGACGGAUCAAACCAGCGCUGCAAAGAUCAUAUUUGAUGACAUCCCCGAGAGAGACAUCGUGUCGUGGAACACUCUACUCCAGGCCUUCGUCCAGAUUGAGUCCACCCACAGUGCUUGCAAGAUUCUCGAGCGAAUGCCAAGCUUGGACGUUGUUUCGUGCACGUCGAUGCUGGCAGCGUAUGCCCAGAAAGGAAACGUUUCAGAUGCAAAGCACUUGUUUGAUUGCAUCCCCGAGCCAAACGUUUACUCCUGGAACGCACUGCUCGUAGCUUACAUCCAGGUCUUUAAUCUCGAGGAAGCGAUCAAUCUCUUUCGGCAGAUUCCCGAGAAGGACGUGAUCUCGUGGAACACGAUGAUCACGGGCUAUGCAAACUCCGGCUUCACGCACGAGGCAGCCAUGGCUUUUCACUCGAUGGAGAGAAGAGAUUCGACGUCGUGGAGCGCUCUAAUCUCUGCGCUGGCACAGAAUGGCGAGCUCGACGAUGGAGAUAUCGCCUUCCAUCGCAUGCCGCAGUGGAAUCUCGCGGCAUGGAACAGCCUUCUCUCCGCGCGAGCCGAGCAGGGAAAGAUGGUCGAGGCGGAGCGGAUGUUCGCUCGAGCUCCAGCUGCGAACCUUGUCUCGUGGACGGCGAUGGUGGCGGGAUUCGGACACAAUGGUCGAGUGGAGAUGGCUCGAGCAGCGUUUGAGAGGAUGCCAGAGUGGGAUAUCGUGUCAUGGAAUGCGGUGGUCUCGGCGUUCGUCCAGUGUGGCUGUCUCGAAGAAGCUAUCGAGACGUUUUGGAGGAUGCCCGCGCGAGAUCUCGAGUCGUGGAACACGAUGAUCCGAAUUCUCUGUGAAGCAGGAGCUCUCGUCCAGGCCGAGAAGAUCUUCGAUGGAAUGGCGCUGCGAAACGUUGUGUCCUGGACGACGCUACUCACCGGACAAGCUCAGAGAGGCCACACGAAGGAAGCGCGAGAGAGAUUCGCGAGAAUGCCACAGCACAGCUUUGUCACCUGGAACUCCAUGCUCGUCGCUUACUCGAGCUCCAACCAGAUCGAUCUCGCCGAAGAGGUGUUUUGCUCGAUGCCAAAGCACGACACCGUCUCGUGGAACACCAUGAUCGCGGGAUACUCGAGCAGGGACCGCAUGGAUCGAGCUCUGGCUUUGCUCGAUCUCAUCCCACACCAGAGUUCUCGAUCGUGGAACACCGUGCUCAAUGGAUACGUCACAAACGCCCAUAUCCGAGAGGCUGGAAUACUCUUCGAGAGAAUGCCGCACAAGGACGUGGUUUCGUGGACAAUAAUGGUGGUGGGCUUCUCUCAAAGCGGCCAAGUUGGCCAUGCAAAGAAAGUGUUUGAUCAAAGCGUAGAGAGGGACGUGGUAUCUUGGGCAGCUAUGGUGAGCGUAUAUGCCCAGAAUGGGUAUCUUGAGGAAGCCAGAGAGAUGUUUAUAAACAUGACCAAGUGUAACGUUUCAAUGGACUCUCCCUACCAUGGAAGUGAGCACGUCGAGAAAGCCUGUAACUCUUUGCUCGCAGCAUUCGCCCACAACGGCCAUGCAAAGCUCGCCAUCACUUUCUUUCACGAGAUGAACUUGGAAGGAGCAAAGCCGGACGAAGUCUCGUUCGUGAUCGUUCUCGCCGCUUGCACCCACAUUGGCCUGCUCGAGAGCAGUCGGAGUUUCUUCGUCUCUCUCCACCAGGAUUUUGGAGUGGAGCCUCAAAAGGAGCACUACUGCUGCAUGCUGGAUGCAUUUUGCCGGGCCGGGCAGCUCGAGAAUGCCGAGAAACUCAUCGAGAGCAUGCCAUUUCUUCCGGAUAAGGUAGCCUGGGGGACGCUCCUGGCAGCUUGCCAGAACCACCGAGACAUGGAGCGAGCAUCGAAAGCAGCGGCUGUGCUAAGCGUCAUGGAGAUGGAUGCCUCACCGUAUGUGAUCCUGUCCAACGUUUACGUUCUCGGCAAUAGCAAAAAGAUUUAAAAACCUUGAUAGACAUUG